UUUCCGCCGGUGGCAGGAAGCAGGAAGGGAGCGGGCAGGGGCCGCGGUGCCCCGGCCGCGGGGCUCCGGGUGUGGAGGGCGGUCUCUGCCCUUCUCCCUCCCCUGUGGCUGUGGACAUGGUGGUCCUGCGGGCUGGGCUCUGCCCUGGUCUCACUGAAGAGAUGAUUCAGCUUCUGAGGGCCAAUGGCAUCAGGACGGUGGUGGACUUUGUGUCUUCGGACCUGGAGGAUGUUGCCAGGAAGUGCUCCCUGUCUUACAAGGCGCUGGUUGCAGUCAGACGUGUUCUCUUGGCACAAUUCUCUGCCUUCCCUGCCAAUGGAGCAGAUCUCUAUGAGGAGCUCAAGAGCUCCACAGCCAUCCUGCCCACUGGCAGCCCGAGCCUGGACCAGCUGCUGGACUCGGGGCUGUACACGGGGGAGGUGACGGAGCUCAUGGGGGCACCGGGCAGUGGCAAGACACAGGUGUGYCUGGGYAUUGCAGCCAGYGUGUCUCUGGGCCUCAAGCAGCACGUCCUGUUUCUUGACUCCACGGGGGGUUUCACCGCCUCCCGUCUCUAUCAGAUGCUCAGAACCCAGACAGAGGAUGAGGAAGAGCAGCUGGAGGCUCUGCAGCGGAUCCAGGUGGUCCGUGUGUUCAACAUCUAUGAGCUGCUGAGUGCCCUGCAGGAGCUGCGGGAUCGCCUCUCCCAGCAGGUCGUGAGCUCUGUGGGACCUCUGAAAAUGGUGGUGCUGGACUCGGUGUCRGCUGUGAUUUACCCUCUGCUGGGAGGCAGGCAGUCAGAGGGUUUGGCCCUCAUGAUGCAGCUCUCCAAGGAGCUGAAGACCCUGGCCAGGGAGUUCAGCCUUGCUGUUGUGGUGACCAACCAGGUGACCAGGGAUGGCAGCACUGGCCCACUGAAGCCAGCCCUUGGCCGCUCCUGGAGUUUCGUGCCCAGCACCCGGGUGCUGCUGGAGAGCAGAGAAGCCCCCUGGGRGAAAGCCACCACACAGCGUGUGGCUUCCCUGGCAAAGUCACCCCGGCAGCCAACAGGGGUACAGGUGGARCUGGACAUUGGAAAUGGGGACGUGUUGGAGCCGAGCACGGUGACACCCACACAGGGACUUUGAUGGGAUGGAAAAGCAAAUGUCAUGAGGUCCAAGAGAGCUGCACAAAAGCAGGCAAGCACCAAAGGUUUUACAGACUGACUCCUGCAGCCCCGGGAAGGACCAAGAUUAAAAAUUUCAUGUUCUUCUGCCCUGUGGGAAAACAGAGCAGGGGGUUCCCCGGAGAUCUCCGUGCCCAGCAGAUGCUGCUUGUCCUCACUCCCCAGAGCCAGCCCUGUCCUCAGGUGUUGUUUGGGACCAGCUGCUUUGUCCCUGCACAAAUCCACAACUCCCUGUGGUGGUUUUGUUCCCCCCAUGGUUUGCUGCCCUCUGCUCCUGGAGCUCUGCUCAUCCUUGGGCCCAGGGUAGGCUUGGCUCAGAAAUAAAAGAAAAAAGCUGUUUCACAUUGCUGUGGUUGUUGAGAGCUGGAAUUCAAUUAAUGACRGCUGCUCYGAAYUUAAUUAAAAUGUUGAGCUUUAGUGCCCAGCAGGACUGGGGUGGGACAGGCUGCUGAUGAGCAGGGACAUAAUCAGAUGCUUGAUCUUCCCUUYUCCCCAGAGUAUCACCAGGCCUGUGGGWACCUGCUGGUGUYUUUGGGGCACAGCUGGGCUGUGUAMAGGCUUGCUGAUAAGUGAUGGAGGUUCUGAUCURGAUCAGCUGGGGCAGAUGGGUCCUGGCUGGCACCAGCUGGCCCUGCUUGAUGCUCAAGGACCUAUUCAAUUGCAUGUGGUGAUGUUUAAAAUAAUCUCUCCGUGCUCUACUGCUUUCCAGCUGCUCUUGGCAGCCUCCUGAGGAGAGAGGAGGCUGGGAUGUGGUGUUUCCUCUUGAUCCCAGAUGCCUUAGACACCCUCAGCAUAAUAAGAGACCUCCUUGGCAGCAGGAUGAGAAGAGGAACAACCCACUUUGAACCCUCAUUAGGCUCAGCAUGAGACCAGCCAUGUAUGCAUCUUCCCUGUGAUCCCUGAGGAAUGACAGAAGAAAUUCCACUCUUGCUCUCAGCCACCAGGGAGUCACGGGGUUGGUGAUUCAACAGGGGCACUGCCAGUCUGUCAGGAAAGAUGGGGAGAAUCCAGUCACUGCUGGGCUGAUGUCAGGACCAGGACUCACCUGCAAAGGUUCCUAAUCCCCUG